AUGUCGAAUGGUCCACCGCCAGGAUUUGGAUCACACACUUCAGUUCUAUCCCCAGAGGAUCUCUCAGUAAAAGUCAAGAAACACCACCAAUUCUCUAAGCGUCGCUGGGGCUUGAAAAAGCCCGGCAGCGCUGGUACUUCCGGGAGUGAAAAGGUCGAACUCCCGCCAGAGCAUCUCCGUAAGAUUAUCAAAGACCAUGGCGACAUGUCCCAUAUGCGCUUUAGAAACGAGAAGCGUAUCCAUCUCGGCGCACUCAAGUAUGUUCCACACGCCGUACUCAAGUUGCUCGAGAACAUCCCAAUGCCAUGGGAGCAGGUUCACGAGGUGCCCGUACUCUAUCACAUUACAGGCGCUAUCACUUUCGUCAACCAGAUCCCACGCGUUAUUGAGCCCGUCUACCACGCCCAGUGGGCUUCCAUGUGGCUUGCCAUGCGGAGAGAGAAGCGUGACAGAAGGCACUUCAAGCGUAUGCGUUUCCCGCCAUUCGACGACGAAGAACCGCCACUCGACUACAGUGACAACAUUCUCGAUGUAGAACCUUUAGAAUCCAUACAAUUACCACUCGACGAGGAAGAAGACGCUCCUAUUAUCGACUGGUUCUACGACCCUAAGCCGCUCGAAGAUACAGUCCACAUCAACGGCCCAUCUUACAAGCAGUGGUCGCUGGAUCUCCCACAGAUGGCGAACCUCUAUAGAAUAGGUAAAACUCUCCUUUCAGAGACCCACGAUCGCAAGAAUGCUAGUUAUCUUUUCGAGGAUAAAGCUUUCUUCACCUCAAAAGCUCUCAAUAUGGCUAUACCAGGUGGUCCUAAGUUUGAACCACUCUAUAAAGAUGACGUCGACGAUGAAGAUUGGAACGAGUUUAAUGAUAUCAACAAGGUCAUCAUUCGUCAACCAAUACGCACUGAAUACAAGAUCGCUUUCCCUCACCUCUAUAACUCUCGUCCAAGGGCUGUACAAAUUGGUCCAUAUCACGCUCCUCAAUCACAGUAUAUACGGACAGAAGAUCCUGAUAUGCCUGCAUUCUACUUUGAUCCAUCGAUAAAUCCUAUCUCCUCGAGAGCAGUGGCAGGUGCAGCUAAUACACCACAAGUGAGUCACGAGGAUCAAGUAUUUGGAUAUGGAGAAGAUGAAGAUGAUGACUUUGAAAUGCCUGAAGAUAUGACUGCAUUCUUGGAAGACAAACCAGUGUAUAGCGAUAACACCUCCGAUGCUAUCGCUUUAUGGUGGGCUCCUGCACCAUAUAACACCCGUUCUGGUGUUACUCGUAGAGCCCAAGAUGUUCCACUCGUCAAGGACUGGUACAUGGAGCACUGUCCACCUGGAAUGCCAGUCAAGGUCAGAGUAUCCUACCAAAAGCUUCUCAAGGUCUACGUUCUCAAUAGACUCCACCAACGCCCACCAAAACCACAAAAUAAGAAGCGCUUAAUGCAAAGCUUAAAAGGAACCAAAUUUUUCCAAACUACUACAAUCGAUUGGGUUGAAGCUGGUUUGCAGGUUGUUCGCCAAGGUUACAACAUGCUCAAUUUACUUAUUCACCGUAAAAAUCUCAACUACUUGCAUUUGGAUUACAACAUGAACUUGAAACCUGUCAAGACACUCACGACAAAGGAGCGUAAGAAGAGUAGAUUCGGUAAUGCUUUCCACCUUCUACGUGAAAUCCUUCGUUUGACAAAACUAAUUGUCGAUGUACACGUUCAAUUCAGGUUGGGGUUAUGUGAUGCUUUCCAACUUGCUGAUGGUCUUCAAUACUCAUUUGCACAUGUUGGUCAGCUCACCGGUAUGUACAGAUACAAGUAUAAGAUUAUGAGACAGAUUAGAAUGUGUAAAGAUCUCAAGCAUCUUAUUUACUACCGUUUCAAUACUGGUCCGGUAGGUAAAGGUCCGGGUGUUGGUUUCUGGGCGCCAGGAUGGCGUGUCUGGUUGUUCUUCUUGAGAGGUAUUGUUCCUCUCUUGGAGAGAUGGCUCGGUAAUCUCCUCGCCAGACAGUUCGAAGGUCGCAAUAGCAGAGGUGUUGCCAAGAAUGUUACAAAACAACGUGUUGAAUCCCACUACGAUCUGGAAUUGCGUGCUGCUGUUAUGCAUGAUAUCUUGGAUAUGAUGCCUGAAUCACUCAAGCAAAACAAAGCCAAGACUAUCCUUCAGCAUCUUUCUGAAGCGUGGAGAUGUUGGAAAGCAAACAUUCCAUGGAAGGUACCUGGUAUGCCAACGGCGAUCGAGAACAUUAUCCUCCGUUACGUCAAAAACAAGGCCGAUUGGUGGACAUCCGUCGCACACUACAAUCGUGAACGUAUUCGUCGUGGUGCUACUGUCGACAAAGCUGUUGUUAAGAAGAAUCUUGGUCGUUUGACCAGACUCUAUCUCAAGCAAGAGCAAGAGAGACAACAUGGAUAUCUCAAAGAUGGUCCAUACAUUUCAUCAGAGGAGGCCGUUGCACUUUAUACUUCGACAGUUCAUUGGUUGGAGAGCAGAAAGUUCUCUCCAAUUCCAUUCCCUCCACUUUCCUACAAGCAUGAUACCAAGAUUCUUGUUCUUGCAUUGGAGAGAUUGAAAGAGGCUUACUCCGUUCAAGGUCGUCUAAACCAAUCUCAAAGAGAAGAGUUGGCACUUAUUGAGCAAGCGUACGAUAAUCCACACGAAUGUCUUUCAAGAAUUAAGAGAUUGUUACUCACUCAACGUGCUUUCAAGGAAGCAGGAAUUGAGUUCUUUGACACCUACGACAAGCUCAUACCUUGCUAUGAUAUUGAACCAGUUGAGAAGAUUACUGAUGCCUACCUCGAUCAAUUCCUUUUCUUCGAAGCUGAUAAGAGAGGUCUCUUCCCAUCAUGGGUCAAGCCAGCUGAUACUGAGCCACCACCAUUAUUAACCUACAAAUGGGCUCAAGGUAUUAACAACCUCCACGACGUUUGGGAGACAAGCGAGGGUGAAUGUGUCGUUAUGAUGGAGACUCAAUUGAGCAGGGUUUACGAGAAGAUCGAUUUAACUCUCCUCAACAGACUUCUUAGAUUGAUCAUGGACCACAACUUGGCUGACUACAUUACUGCAAAAAACAACACACCAUUGACUUAUAAGGAUAUGUCGCACGUCAAUUCCUAUGGUCUUAUCAGAGGUCUGCAAUUCUCUGCCUUCGUUUUCCAAUUCUACGGAUUAGUUCUUGACUUGCUCAUUCUCGGCUUGAACAGAGCUUCUGAAAUGGCUGGUCCACCGCAAUCACCAAAUAAUUUCCUUCAGUAUAAAGACACAGCAACUGAAGUUGGACACCCAGUCAGACUUUAUUCUCGUUAUGUUGAUAAAAUUCACAUGCUUUUCAAGUUUGAUGCUGAUCAGUCGAGAGAUCUCAUACAGAGGUACUUGUCAGCCAACCCUGAUCCAACAAAUUCUAAUAUUAUUGGAUACAACAACAAAAAGUGUUGGCCUAGAGACUGUCGUAUGCGUUUGAUCAAGCAUGAUGUUAACCUCGGUAGAGCCGUCUUCUGGAAUGUUAAAAAUUCACUUCCAAGAUCUCUAACAACUAUCGAAUGGGAGGAUACUUUCGCAAGUGUUUACUCUAAAGACAACCCACAAUUGCUCUUCUCAAUGCACGGUUUCGAGUUGCGUAUCUUGCCGAAGAUAAGGGCACAGAAUAGCGAGCAAUAUAGACUCAAUGAUGGUGUAUGGAAUCUCACGAACGAAGCCACGAAGGAGCGUACAGCACAAGCGUACUUGAGAGUAUCGGAUGACGGUAUCAAUGCUUUCAACAACCGUAUUCGUCAGGUACUCAUGAGUUCUGGUUCGACUACAUUCUCCAAGAUUAUCAACAAGUGGAACACAACUAUCAUUGGUUUGAUGACCUACUACCGUGAAGCCGUUUUACACACCAAUGAGCUCCUCGAUUCUCUCGUCAAGGCUGAGAACAAGGUGCAAACAAGAGUUAAAAUCGGUCUUAACUCGAAGAUGCCUUCACGUUUCCCACCUGUGGUAUUCUAUUCACCAAAAGAACUUGGUGGUUUGGGUAUGCUUUCUAUGGGUCACGUUCUCAUUCCUCAAUCGGAUCUUAGAUGGUCGAAGCAGACAGACACUGGUAUAACCCACUUUAGAUCGGGUAUGACACAUGAAGAUGACCAACUCAUUCCAAACUUGUACAGAUACAUCCAGCCAUGGGAAGCAGAAUUCGUCGAUUCAGCUAGAGUCUGGUCCGAAUAUGCCAUGAAACGUAAAGAAGCCAUGAGUCAGAACAGACGAUUGACACUUGAAGAUUUAGAAGAUAGCUGGGAUAGAGGUAUACCACGUAUCAACACUCUCUUCCAAAAGGACAGACAUACACUCGCAUACGAUAAAGGUUGGAGAGUCCGUACAGAUUGGAAACAAUAUCAAUUGCUCAAACACAACCCAUUCUGGUGGACUUCACAACGUCAUGAUGGUAAAUUAUGGCAACUUAAUAACUACCGUGUGGAUGUUAUUGCCGCACUUGGUGGUGUAGAGUCCAUCCUUGAGCAUACCUUAUUCAAGGGUACUUACUUCCCUACUUGGGAGGGUCUGUUCUGGGAGAAAGCCAGCGGUUUCGAAGAAUCUAUGAAGUAUAAGAAACUUACGAACGCUCAAAGAUCCGGUUUGAACCAGAUUCCAAACAGAAGAUUUACACUCUGGUGGUCACCUACGAUUAAUCGUGCUAAUGUCUAUGUUGGUUUCCAAGUACAACUUGAUCUUACUGGUAUCUUCAUGCACGGUAAGAUUCCAACCCUCAAGAUCUCACUUAUUCAGAUCUUCCGUGCGCACUUGUGGCAGAAGAUCCACGAAUCUGUCGUUAUGGAUCUUUGUCAAGUUUUCGAUCAGGAGUUAGAAGCAUUACAGAUUGAAACCGUCCAGAAAGAGACUAUCCACCCACGUAAAUCUUACAAGAUGAACUCAUCUUGCGCUGAUAUCCUCCUCUUCUCGGCAUACAAAUGGAACAUCGCAAGACCAUCACUGCUUAAUGACAGCAAGGAUGUUUUGGAUGGCACUACAUCAAACAAAUUCUGGGUGGAUGUUCAAUUGAGAUUUGGUGAUUUCGAUUCACACGAUAUUGAGAGAUAUACAAGAGCCAAGUUCUUAGAUUACACGAGCGAUCCAUCUUCCAUGUACCCAUCACCAACUGGUUGCAUGGUCGGUCUCGAUUUGGCUUACAACCUCUACACUGCUUAUGGUAACUGGUUCCCUGGUCUCAAACCGCUGAUGCAACAAGCUAUGGCGAAGGUCAUGAAAGCUAAUCCAGCUCUUUAUGUCCUUAGAGAGCGUAUUAGGAAGUCACUCCAACUCUACUCCUCUGAACCAACAGAACCAUAUCUCAACUCCCAGAACUAUUCAGAAUUGUUCUCCAACCAAACUAUCUGGUUUGUUGAUGAUACUAACGUAUAUCGUGUUACUAUCCACAAGACGUUCGAAGGUAACCUCACCACCAAGCCUAUUAACGGUGCUAUCUUCAUCUUUAACCCAAGAACUGGUCAGCUGUUCUUGAAGAUCAUCCACACUUCCGUAUGGGCUGGUCAGAAGCGUCUUGGUCAACUUGCUAAAUGGAAGACGGCUGAAGAAGUUGCAGCACUUAUUCGUUCAUUGCCUGUUGAAGAACAACCUAAGCAAAUUAUUGUCACUAGAAAGGGUAUGCUUGACCCACUUGAAGUCCAUCUUCUUGAUUUCCCUAACAUUGUCAUCAAGGGUUCUGAACUUCAAUUGCCAUUCCAGGCUUGUUUGAAAUUGGAGAAAUUCGGUGAUCUCAUCUUACGUGCUACCCAACCACAAAUGGUGUUGUUCUCACUUUACGAUGAUUGGUUGAAGGAAAUCUCAUCAUACACCGCAUUCUCACGUCUUAUUCUUAUCCUUCGUGGUUUGCAUGUCAACAACGAGAAAGCAAAGAUUAUAUUACGUCCUGAUAAGAACACUCUCACUGAACCACAUCACAUUUGGCCAUCUCUCUCGGCUGAAGAUUGGAUCAAGGUUGAGUCGCAACUCAGAGAUCUUAUUGUCAAUGAUUUCGGUAAACGUAAUUCAGUCAAUACUGCGUCACUCACACAAUCUGAAAUUCGUGAUAUCAUCCUUGGUAUGGAAAUCAGUGCUCCUUCUAUUCAACGUCAACAGAUGGCCGAAGUUGAAAACUCAGCUGCUGACGCAAACCAAAUUACAGCACUCCAAACUAAGACUACGAACGUUCAUGGUGAUGAGAUUCAAGUUGUUACUACUACUAAUUAUGAGAACCAACAAUUUGCUAGCAAAUCUGAUUGGAGAGCUAGAGCUAUCUCUUCAACUAACUUGCCGUUGAGAGUUCAACAUGUCUUUGUUUCAAAUGAUGAUGUUAAGGAUGAUAGCAGUGCUUUCACUUACGUUAUUCCAAAGAACAUCCUCAGACAGUUCAUUAUUAGUGGUGAUCUUCGCACUCAAGUGGCCGGUUUCAUGUACGGUGUUUCGCCGCCGGAUGCACCACAAAUCAAGGAAAUUAAAGCGAUCGCCUGGGUUCCUCAACGUGGAUCAUUCAACAAUGUUGAACUACCAAGCAACCUUCCUGAACAUGACUACUUGCUUAACGAUUUGGAGCCACUCGGUUGGAUAAAGACACAAUCACUCGAAUUGAACCAUCUCAGUCCACAGGAUGUGACAACACAAGCACGAGUAAUGGCCAACAACCCAAUUUGGGGCCCAAGCUCGAUCUGUUUGGUCUGUUCAUUCACUCCAGGUAGUGUCAGUUUGUCAGCUUACUCGCUUACGGUUAAUGGUUUCGAAUGGGGUCGCAAGAACCAAGACCUGGGUGGUCAACCAGCUGGUUUUAACCCAAGCUUCUCUGAACGCACACAAUUGCUUCUCUCUGAUAGAAUUCUCGGUAUGACACUCGUACCUGAGGGUGGAAUUUGGAAUUACGCGCUAUCAUUAUCACAACAAUGGACACCUACGCUACCAUACCAGAUGGCACUCGCAAGACCAACCUCGUUCUGGGCUGACAUUCACCGUCCAUUGCAAUUCUCCAACUUUACCGAAAUGUCCUCCGGUGCUGAUGCAGAUGUCGAAAACAGCUUGGCUUAG